AUGUUUGGAGCUGUUUUUUUCUCCUUAAAUUGGCUUCUGCUGCAGUUAGCUAAAGGAGAACUGGAUUACAUCUCUAAAGGAGAGGGGAUGCGACUGCAGGGGGACUUCUCCAUCACUGGACUCUUUCCCCUACACUACCCUGAAGGACCAAGUGCUGGUCUGCCUGCUUUAGGUCUAUGUAAUGGAGGUGCACAAAACAAACAUGGAUAUCACCUGUUGCAAGCCAUGAGAUUUGCUGUGGAGGAAAUCAAUAACAGCACUGGACCACAACCUCUUUUACCAGGAGUGAAGCUUGGUUACCAGAUGUAUGAUAUCUGCUCUGUGUCAGCCAGUGUCCUGGCCACACUGGAUGUGAUAGAGCAGCUCCUCCGCAGCACCUCUACAUCUAGGACAGAGAAAGACACUGAAUCAACAUACAACAGCCAGAGGACAGUGGCGGUAGUCGGCCCAGACAGCAGCAGCAAAUCUUUCACCCCUGCUGCUCUACUAGGGGCUUUUCUUAUACCACAGAUAUCUUAUGAGGCAUCAAAUGAAAUGCUGAGCAACAAGUUUCUCUAUCCAGCCUUUUUUCGCACCAUUCCCAGUGAUAAGAACCAGGUAGCAGCUAUGAUCCAGCUUCUGAUUCAUUUCAACUGGACCUGGAUCGCUCUCUUAGGCAGUGACAAUGCUUACGGCCUGGAGGGAAUGCAGAGCUUGUCCAAGCAAGCACCAGACUAUGGUAUUUGUAUUGCUUACCAAGGAGUCAUCCCUGCAUUCAGCGCUGAUACAGUCCAGACUAUGAGGAACACAGUGACUGGUUUACUGAAAACCAGAGUCAGCACCAUUGUGGUCUUCUCCAGCAAGUCAAAACUAAAAGGUUUCAUUCCAUACAUCCUGGAGCGGAAUGUGACCGGUAAGGUGUGGAUUGGGACAGAGGACUGGUCAACAUCUUCCCUAAUAUCACAGAUACCUGGGAUUCACACUAUUGGCACUGUGAUUGGUAUAUCAGUCAAAUAUGCAGCUAUUUCUGGUUUUGAUGAGUUUGAGAGAAAGGCAGGUGAGGCCUCAGUGCAACAAACUGAAACAGAGGAACACUCUAAUGUUACAGUAGGCUCAGGCAACACAUGCCUGCAUAGCACAGACCUGUACAGCCUCACCAGGAACAAGUUUCCUCUUGAUACGUAUGAUAUUACCUCCUCCUUUAAUGUGUAUAAGGCGGUGUAUGCUGUGGCUCAUGCUCUGCACCAAACACUUGAUUGUGAUUCAGGAGCAUGCCAAAAAAGGAGAGUGGAUCCAUGGGAGCUUCUCUGGUGGCUCAAACAGGUGCGAUUCUCUCUCAAAAAUGCCUCUGUUUACUUUGACAUAAAUGGUGACCCACCAACAGGAUAUGACAUCAUUUCCUGGGUUUGGAGGGGAACAGAAUGGUCUGUCAGAAGGGUGGGUUCCUUCAGCCCAGACCCCAUGUCACUCACAGUCCAUGCUGACCAAAUUGAGUGGCAUAACAUGGUAGAACCAGGGGAGGUUCCAUUGUCCAUCUGUUCCCCACCUUGCCCAAAAGGCCACAAGAAACUGCUGACAGGGCAACACACAUGCUGCUUCGACUGCCAGGCUUGUCCCUCUGCCACCUUCCUCAAUCAAAGUGACCCCACUAACUGCCAGAAGUGCCCACCCCAGCAAUGGUCUCCUCCGCAAAGUGAGCAGUGCCUAAACAGGACUAUCUUGUUGCUCACCUGGGACAACCCCCUCUCCAUUGCACUGCUUGUCUUUCUGGCCUCCUGUCUUCUGAUGACUUCCAGCUCUGCAAUAAUCCUCCUGCUCAACCUGAACACACCAGUGUCUAAGUCUGCUGGGGGCCGUUCUUGCCUCCUGAUGCUAGCAGCCCUGACUGCUGCUGCCAUGAGCUCUUUGUGUCAUUUCGGCCCACCGUCUCCCCUGGCUUGCAUCCUCAAGCAGCCUCUAUUUAUUGUCAGCUUCACUGUGUGCCUGACCUGCAUCACUGUGCGCUCCCUCCAGGUUGUCUGCAUUUUUAAAUUUGCAUCCAAGCUGCCACCAGCCUAUGACAAGUGGGCCAAAAAACAUGGGCCAGAGUUGACCAUUUUCCUAGUGUCAAUCACUAUCUUUUUCAUUUCUGUUCUCCGUGUGUCCAUUAACCCUCCUGUGCCUGACCAGGACCUUGACUUCUACAAGGACAGCAUUGUGUUGGAGUGCAGCAACACCCUCUCACCAGGUUCAGGCUUCGAGCUUGCUUAUGUUUCAUUACUCAGCAUCCUCUGCUUCUCUUUUAGCUACAUGGGCAAAGACCUGCCAGCUAACUACAAUGAGGCGAAAUGUGUCACCUUCAGCCUCAUGGUGUACAUGAUCUCUUGGAUGAGUUUCUUCACAGUCUACCUCAUCAACCGAGGCCCCUUCACCAUGGCUGCACAGGUGUUUGCCAUACUCUUCAGCGUCCUGGCCUUCUUUGGGGGCUACUUCCUGCCCAAAAUUUAUAUUAUUGUCCUUAAGCCACAGAUGAACACAACUGCCCAUUUCCAGAACUGUAUUCAAAUGUAUACUAUGAGUAAACAAUAA